AUACAAAUUAUUAAAUAAAUAAAUAACAAACUCUCAUCAGUUAUUAUCAAUGGCGUCAUAAAAAAAGGAGACCAAGAAGAGAAGUAGAAGAAGAAGGGCUUUUACAUCUUUUGGAUAAGCCUUUUCCUCCCUCUCUCUCUCUCUCUCUAUUUAUCAACAAUUUUUAACCUUUUAGAAUAGUUUUCUGAUCUUCUAUCUCUAGAAUGAUUAAAGAGCAAGGUAGGAAUGUGAGUUAUUGAGUUUUUUUUACAAGAGAAAUUUGGAGAGAAAGCUCUCUAAUUCUCUUCUUCUUCCAUGGAUGUCCCGUCACGGCCAUGCCUUCCCCUUUCUUUCCAAAUAAACAAACAAGAAAAGAAAAGAAAUGACACAUUUUCUCAUUUAAAAACCUCCUAAGUUUUGAAAGACAUCAAGUCAUCAAACAAUUCAGAGACUUCUUUUUUACAGAGGCAAAAGGGGGGAGACAAGCAGCAACAACAACAAUAACAACAACAAAUAUUCACCACCAUUAUUGUCAGUCUCUUCAAAAAUGCUUCUAAUCACCAGCAUUUUCUCUGCAUGUCUUUGCUUGUUGCUCUCUUUCUUUUCUAUUGCAAUGGCUUCCCACAACCUCACUCUUCCUCAUCAACACCCUGACCCGGAAGCCGUCGUUCAACAUGUUCAAAGGAUGGUAAACGCGUCUCUUUCAAGACGCCAAACUCUGUCCAUUCAACAAAAAGACCAAUGUCUUACCGGUAACCCCAUUGACGACUGUUGGCGCUGCGACCCCAACUGGGCCACCACCAACCGCCAACGUUUAGCCGACUGCACCAUCGGGUUCGGCCAGGGAGCACUCGGCGGCAAAGGCGGUCAGAUCUACGUCGUCACCGACUCUUCCGACCACGACCCGGCCAACCCCACCCCCGGCACUCUCCGUUACGCUGUCAUUCAAGAAGAACCUCUCUGGAUAGUCUUCACUUCCAACAUGGUCAUCAAACUCAAACACGAGCUCAUCAUCAACAGCUACAAAACCAUCGACGGCCGUGGCGCUAACGUCUACAUUACCGGGAAUGGAUGCUUAACUCUUCAAUAUGUCUCCCACGUCAUCAUCCACAACAUUCACAUUCACCAUUGUACACCUUCAGGUAAUACUAUGAUAGCGUCGUCCCCAACUCACGUGGGCUUCAGAGGAAAAUCAGACGGCGAUGGGAUUUCCAUCACGGGCUCUCAGAAGAUCUGGAUCGAUCAUUGUUCGUUAAGUUAUUGCACGGACGGUUUGAUCGAUGCUAUACUGGGGUCUACAGCGAUCACGAUAUCGAACAGCUAUUUUUCGCAUCAUGAUGAAGUGAUGUUGUUGGGGCACAAUGACAAUUACCAGCUGGACACUGGGAUGCAAAUAACGAUCGCGUUUAAUCACUUCGGUGAGGCGCUGGUACAGCGUAUGCCUCGGUGUAGACGCGGCUACAUACAUGUGGUCAACAAUGAUUUCACUGCGUGGGAAAUGUAUGCUAUCGGUGGUAGCGCCAAUCCUACGAUCAACAGUCAGGGGAAUCGAUACACGGCUCCGCCGAAUGAUAAUGCCAAGGAGGUGACAAAGCGCGUGGACACAGACGAGAGAGAGUGGACAGGUUGGAACUGGAGGACGGAGGGGGACAUAAUGGUAAAUGGAGCAUUCUUUGUGCCCUCGGGUUUGAGUCUCAGCACGCAGUACGCCAGAGCCUCGAGCGUUGAGCCCAAAUCUGCCGCACUUAUUGAACAACUGACAAUGAACUCCGGUGUCCUCGGUGGACCCAGGGAGGGGAGUGAGAGCGUUUCAAAUCCCGGAUUCAGCGGUGGUGGGACCGGAGGCAGCAGCACCAGCAGGUCUGGUGGCGAUGAUGGCGACUACUUUGGAAUGAUAUUUGGGAACGGCGGACCGCCGUGCCCACCACCCUCGUCAAUCUUUUUGUCUUUUCUAAUUAUUUUAAUUUUGUAUGUUAGCACCAACCAUGGUUCUCUUCUAUCAUUACAAUUAUUAUUGUUAUAGAAAUGAAAAGUGAAGA